AUGGAGAGACACACUGUUGCGCGACUCCGUCAAAUUGCAAAAGAAAACGGCUUGCACGGCUACGCAAACCUUCGAAAAGAUGAGCUUAUCAAGCGCAUCAAGCUUGCUCAGUCAAAACCAAAAAGCCCUCCCCUGCCCAUAAUUACACGAAAGAAGACAAAGGGGGCUCCUAGUACUGCUAGCAGUAUUACAGAAUUCCGUGAGAUAAACAAGGGUCUUAGCAAAAGCGACUACGAGAAGCGACUACACGAGUUUAUACAGUCAAGAAGAGCAAAAAAACGGAUCCUUCAUGGAAAGGUCCGUGCGAACCGGCUACUUGAGUCUAUACAGUCAAAAAGAAGUGCUAAAAAAAAGGCUGUAAAGAGGGCUGGUUUCAAAGCUGUUGAAACAGCUUCUUCUCUGAAACAGUUUGCAAAGAUGUACACGAUCGAUGGGAUUCCAGUACUUUUUGGACCGAGAGAUUAUCUUGAGGUUGUGAGCCCCACCGUUAUGAACCUUUUGAAUACACAAAAAAAUAUCAAGAUAAAGUUCAUUUUUAGGUGUAAUAUGAUGAGAAAAAGAAAUGAUGAGAUUGAGCACAUGACCGCAUAUCUUUCAACUCCUCAAAAGAUUGUCUUUCAGGAUACUGAUCGAGAAGAACUUUAUGAAGGGUGUGUGGAAGAAAUGAUAAAGAGUUUGGAGAAUUUUGAAAAAAAUGGGAGCGGGUGGAUUUUUUAUCGUGUUGAGGGUUUAGAUCUGCAUACGGUAAAAUACACCCCUCUGAAAGGUUCCUCUUACAUUAAGCUGCCAAAACAUCUCGCAGAUAAAAAAGCCAUCAUAAAUAUGGAGAACGAAGAUACAGAGUGCUUCAAGUGGUGUGUUACGAGAGCUUUGAAUCCUGUUCAAAGUAAUCCUACUCGCAUCACAAAGAUUUUGAAAAAACAGGCAGAAAAACUCGUGUGGGGUGACAUUAAGUUUCCAAUGGAGGUGAAGAGCAUUAGUCGCUUUGAAAAGUUAAAUCCGGAGAUCGGUGUCAACGUAUACAUGUAUGAAAAUGGGCUCAAUCCCUUGAGAGUGAGCAGCAAAGGUCAGGGUCAAGGCCUUAUUGAUCUUCUUCUCAUUCAAGAUGGUGACAAAAAGCAUUAUUGCCUCAUCAAGAAUUUGAGUCGGCUCGUAUCGAGUGAGUUGUCAAAGAGAAAAAACAAGAAGUUUAUAUGUAGGAGGUGUCUUAAUUAUUUUGGCUCUCAGCAACUUCUUGACACACAUGACGCGCUGUGCCGAUUUCAUGAAGCCGUGAGAGAAAAGAUGCCAAAAGAGGGGACUACCCUCUCUUUCAAAAACCAUCACAAGAAGAUGGACAUGCCGUUUGUCAUCUAUGCCGAUUUUGAAUCAAUCAUUAAACUAUUGCACUCAGCCCAACCUAAUCCUAAAGAGUGUUACACAGAGAAAAAGUCUCAGCAUAUUCCGCUAAGCUUUUGUUAUUAUCUCAAGUGCACAUUUGACAAUAGUUAUUCAAAACUGGUUGAAUACACAGCAAAGUCUGAAGAUGAAGAUGUGGCGCAAAUAUUCGUUGAAUCGCUUGAAGCAGAGGUUCAGGCUAUUUACGAAGAUCACCCUCCUAAAAAGAUGAUCUUCACAAAGAGUGAUGCUGUCGAAUUUGAAAAUGCGACGUGUUGUUGGUUAUGUGGAGAAGAUUUUGAAGAGGGGAAGGACAAAGUGCGCGAUCAUUGCCAUUACACCGGCAAAUUUCGAGGGGCUGCACAUAACAGCUGCAACCUAAAAUUUCAGCGUCCCAAGUUUACACCUGUGGUGUUUCACAACUUGGCAAACUAUGACGCUCAUCUCUUCGUUAAAAAUCUUGGUGUUUCAGAGGGUGAGAUUGAUUGUAUACCAAACAACGAAGAGAAAUACAUCAGCUUCACAAAGCACGUUGUGGUUGGCAAGUUUUUCGAUAAAAAGGAAGAAAAAGUCGUUGAGGUAAAGAGAGAGUUGAGGUUUAUUGACAGCUUUAAAUUCUUGGCUUCUAGUCUUGACACGCUUGUCGAAAACCUUGCUGCAAAGGGUAAGCCUUUCUUUCAAAAUACAAGAAGAUAUUAUACCGGUGAGAAGCUUAACCUGUUGAUGAGAAAGGGUGUUUAUCCUUAUGAAUGGAUGGACUCGAUACACAAGCUUGAUGAGCCACAACUUCCACCAAAAGAAGCUUUCUUUUCCGUGUUAAGUGGUAAAGGCAUCGAAGAUGAAGACUAUGCCCAUGCUCAAAAUGUAUGGAGCGUCUUUGGAUGUAAGACAUUCCGAGAUUACCACAAUCUCUACAAUCGAAGUGAUGUUCUUCUACUAGCCGAUGUGUUUGAAAACUUUCGAAAACUUUGCAAAAAGAACUAUGAUCUCGAUCCUUGUUGGUACUUCACCGCACCGGGUUUGGCUUGGGAUGCUUGUCUCAAGUUGACUAAGGUAAAACUUGAGUUGUUGACCGAUAUAAAUAUGUUACACAUGUUUGAGGCCGGUAUUCGCGGUGGGAUUUCAAUGAUUUCGACAAGGCAUGCAAAAGCCAACAACAAAUACAUGGAAGAAAAGUUUGAUCCCACCCAACCUUCAAAGUUCAUCGCGUAUCUCGAUGCAAACAACCUUUACGGUUGGGCGAUGAGUAAGCGUCUGCCGACGGGAGGGUUUAAAUGGGUCGAUGAAAAAGACUUUGGAGAGUGGAAGAAAUUCCCCUGCAUUCUCGAAGUCGACCUGAAAGGCGUCAAAGAAGAGCUUCACGAUCACUUCAACGAGUAUGCACCCGCUCCUGAAAAUCUGUUGAUUGGAAAAGUGCAUAAGCUGACCUGCACGUUAAACGAAAAGAAAAAGUACAUCAUUCAUCACAAAGCGUUGAAGAAAUACAUGAGCCUUGGAAUCGAGAUCGGAAAGAUUCAUAGAAUUAUCAGGUUCGAAGAGAGUCCUUGGAUGAGGAAGUACAUCAAUAAAAACACAAAAUUGAGAGCAAAAGCAAAGAAUGACUUUGAAAAAGACUUCUACAAGCUGAUGAACAACGCUGUCUUUGGUAAAACCAUGGAAAGCAUUCGAAAACGUGUUGACGUGAGACUUGUCACCAGAGAAGAGAAGGCAAAGAAGUUGACAAACAAGGUCAACUUCAAACAUUGUACGAUCUUCUCUGAAGAUCUCAGCGCAAUACACAUGGGAAAGACGCAGAUUCUCUUCAAUAAGCCUCUCUAUCUCGGGAUGAGCAUCCUCGAUAUUAGUAAGACAUUGAUGUACGACUUUCACUAUAACUACAUUAAGCCUAAGUACCCAGAGGGUAAAUCAAAGCUUCUUUUCACAGACACUGAUAGUCUUUGUUAUGAGAUUCAGACUGAAGAUUUCUACAAAAAUAUAAGUGAUGAUGUAGACCGUUUGUUUGACACGAGCAACAUUAAAAAGGGGCAUCCUUCUGGGAUACCGACCGGCGUAAACAAAAAGGUGAUUGGAAUGUUUAAAGAUGAAAAAGGUGGAAAGAUCAUUGAAGAGUUUGUCGGUCUGAGAGCUAAGCUGUACAGCUACAAAAUGUUUGGUGAUGAAGAAGAAGUGAAGAAGUGUAAGGGGAUGAAGGGAGGAGUGGUAGAUCGUACCAUCAACUUCGAUGACUACAAGAGAUGUUUGUUUGGUGGUGGAAAACAACUACGAAAAAUGAACACACUUCGGAGCCGAAAGCAUGAGAUGUAUAUGGAAGAGAUCAAUAAAGUUGCGCUAUCCGCAGACGAUGACAAGCGAAUCAUUUUACCAGACAAAAUACACACACAUGCGAUAGGACACCACAAAGCCGUCACACAACACACUUAA